GGUCAGAGCACCCAGAGUCAACAUACAAGUGAUGGCGCGUGAAAAUGAAGACAGUCGUGGGACGCAUGCUGUCGUCGCAGAUCCCAGGAACGCAACCAUCAAGAUUGGGAUACGUGAUGGCGUUACAGGACAGUUCAAGCUGGUACCAAGAGAGCGAGCUGUUGUCUCAGUAUUUGACUCCAAUUUCCUUAUCGGGGAUGGAAUCUGGGAGGGCAUACGCGCAGUGAACGGGCGCGUCCAGUUCGCCCGCGAUCAUAUCAAUCGACUCUUCCAAUCGGCCAAAGCUAUGUACAUGGAUCUUGGCUUGACAAAGGACGACUUGUUACGAUUGAUUCAUGAAACUCUCGACGCCAAUGACCUCAACGAUGACAAGCACGUUCAUAUUCGCCUGGUUGUCAGUCGCGGUAUGAAGUCGACUCCUUACCAAAACCCAAAGGUCAACAUUGGCUUGCCACUUAUCGUUAUUAUCCCAGAAGUCAAGGCAGUUGACCCAUCCUCCAAGAAUAGAGGCCUUCGUCUUGCAACGACCUGGGUGCGCCGCGGCCCGCCAGACGUCAAAGAUGAGCAGUGGAACCACAUCUCCAAAGCUACCGAUGUCCAAGCAUGUAUCAGCGCUAACGUCAUGCACGUGGAUGAGGCUCUCAUGCUCGACCUGCGCGGCUUUGUGAAGACGUGCAACUCAGUCAACUUCUUCAUCGUGCGUGGCGAUGAGGUAUGGGCUCCGACGAAAGACAACCAGAUGCAAGGCAUUACUCGCCAGAAGACGAUCGAUGUUUGUCGCAACAACGGAAUUUCGGUUCGCGAAUUGGACUUCAGUCUGACAGAAGUGUAUGGUGCAGAUGAAGCGUUCUGCACUGGCACCUUCCCGUCACAGAUUCACGUCACUGAAGUUGACGGGCGUCAGAUUGGAGACGGUAAGCGUGGUGUCUUGACAGAGAAGAUACAGCAAUUGUACACUGAGCUUGUCCAACGCGAUGUCAGUAGAUCAAGGGAAGAGAUUGAAGCGGAGGUUGUAGCACCACGAAGGUUAUCUCGUUUGUAGAUUAACAACGCAACUGAGUUUUAUCGAGA